AUGGAUGAUAAAUCCAACAAACUCCUUUUAGUUCCUGUUUUGACCGUUUUAUUCAUCAUGAUCGGCUAUCAGUACAUCUGUCCAGCGGGCAGCACGUCUUGUCGGUUCGGGAAUGGAGAGAGUUUUCCGUUCACCAAACAUCCCGCAGACGCCAAAAGAGAGUCUCAGUAUCCAGGUGAAGACGGUUCGCUUCGAUUCCGGUCCAAAUUCAACUUGUCACGCGACGAUCUCGAACGCCACGUGGAUUUCGACAUCAAGGGGAGCGACGUUAUUGUGUUCCUUCACAUCCAGAAGACCGGAGGAACCACGUUCGGGAAACACCUGGUGAGGAACAUCCACCUGGAGCGCCCGUGCGACUGCCGCUCUGGCCAGAAGAAAUGCACGUGCCACCGGCCCGGGAAAGCGGAGUCAUGGCUCUUCUCGCGCUUCUCCACGGGCUGGAGCUGCGGUCUCCACGCGGACUGGACCGAGCUCACGAGCUGUGUGCCUGCUGUGAUGAAUAAAAAGCAAAAGAAUGAUGCACCAUUGAACCGACGGAACUUCUACUACAUCACACUGUUGCGGGACCCCGUGUCACGCUACCUGAGCGAGUGGAAGCACGUGCAGCGUGGUGCCACUUGGAAAACAGCGCUACACAUGUGUGACGGGCGUCCACCGACCCCAGACGAGCUGCCGGCCUGCUAUAGCAGUGAAGACUGGACCGGCGUGUCUCUAGAGGAGUUUAUGGCCUGCCCAUCAAACUUAGCCAACAACCGCCAGACUCGCAUGCUGGCCGAUCUCAGUCUGGUGGGCUGCUACAACCUGUCCUCCAUGAGCGAAGAACGGAGAGCCGAGCUGCUACUGAGCAGCGCUAAGCGCAACCUGCGUCGCAUGGCCUUUUUUGGUCUGACUGAGUUCCAACGCAAAACACAGUUUCUUUUUGAAAGGACGUUUGGCUUGCACUUCAUUGCCUCCUUCACUCAGAUUAACGGUACCCGUGCAGCUGGGGUCCCGGUAGGGGCUCCCACUCGCCGUCGCAUAGAGGAGAUGAAUGCACUGGACAUGCAGCUGUACAAAUAUGCGCGGGAGCUUUUCUUGCAACGAGUGCAAUACUGCCACCAACAGGAGAGGAAGGAGGAGCGGGAGAGGAGGCGAGAAGAACGCAGGAGAAUGAAGGAACAAAAAGCAUCACAGUUUAAAGGACAGGAGGAGGACGAAGGAGACACAGAAGAGGAAAUGGAGAUAACGCGAGAGGAAACAGGUGUGACAGAGGACUAUAGUAGUCAGGUGGUGAGAUGGUGAUACCAGUCUGAUGCUUUUUCUGUAUGUUUCCCAUUCAAAUCAUUUGCAUUCUGUCCAACAGGCCGCCUCAUCUUCUGUUUGAUGGUCAAUGAGCACAGGUCCA